ACUUUGUCUGCAGUGUCUCAUCAAACUGGAAACCUUUUGACCUUCUAAUAGUGUAUAAAGCUGUGAGCGUCUGUUCUCUCCUGCACUUCUCUCAGAAUGGAAUCUGUGCUAAAAUACUUGGAAUGGACAUAUGUGAGCUUGGCCCUGCUGGGUGGUCUGUUCUCUCUGCUUCUGCUGGAGAUCAUCAAAUUGAACUCCUCCAGGAGCUGCAACCCCCCUGGACCCAGACCACUGCCCUUUGUGGGUAACCUGCCCCAAUUCAUUAGGAAUCGAAUGGCCUUCAUCAGAUUGAUGCCGAAAUAUGGUGAAAUUUGCACCGUGUACUUUGGAAAGAAGCCAUCGAUUGUGCUGAAUAGCAUGCAGAUUGCAAAAGAAGCUUUUGUUCAAAAUGGGACUGUGUUCUCUGGAAGGCCACCCUUGCCAAUAAUACGCUCCAGCAAAAGCUAUGGUAUCGUGAUGGCCCAAUAUGGUCAUUCUUGGAGAGAGCAGCGGCGGUUUGCUCUGCAGACACUGCGUGACUUUGGCCUGGGAAGGAAAACUGUGGAAGAGCAUAUUUCAGAGGAGGCAAAAUACCUCCUCAAGGAGAUGCUCAAACAGGAAGGAAAUCCUUUCCACCCCAUCCACCUCUUUAUGAACGCAGUAUCUAACGUGGUCUGCUCCAUCAUCUUUGGACACCGUUUCAACUAUGACAACAAGCGCUUUGCUAUAUUGCUGAAACUUCUGAAUGAAAAUGUUCAGCUUGCUGGAUCAGCUGUUUCACAGCUUUGCAACAUGGUCCCCAUUAUAAAAUACCUUCCAGGGCCUCAGAAGAAGGUAUUGCGUAAUUCUUUUGCCUUAAAAAAUUUUAUCCUUGAAUUCGUGGAGGAGCACAAGAAGACUCUAGACCCAGACAACCUCCGGGACUUCACUGAUGCCUACUUGAUCGAAAUGAUCAAGCAAAAGUCAAAAGAAGACAGUACAUUCCAUGUGGAGAACAUGAUGACUUCAAUCACAGACCUUUUUUUUGCUGGGACGGACACUACAGCAAAUACCUUCCGAUGGGGCCUCAUUUACUUGAUGGAACACCCUGAUGUGCAAGAGCGCUGUCAUGAAGAGAUCAUUCAGCUGAUGGGUUUUGACCGCUUUCCCUGCAUGGGUGACCGCCCACAGCUCCCGUAUACUUGCGCCACUGUUUAUGAGAUCCAGCGAUGCGCUAACAUUGUUCCUCUCGGUGCCGCACACGAAACCACAGAACCGGCACAGCUACGAGGAUACAACCUGCCCAAGGGAACUGAAGUCAUGGUCAAUUUAACGGCUAUCAUGACUGACAAAGAGUAUUGGAAGUAUCCAGACACGUUCAACCCAAAGAACUUUCUAGAUGAGAAGGGACAGUUCUGCAAAAAUGAUGCCUUUCUCCCAUUCUCUCUGGGUCCAAGGAUGUGUCUUGGUGAAUCUCUGGCAAAGACGGAGCUCUUCAUCUUCUUCACCUUUCUGAUCCAACGGCUUAAGUUCUCGUGGCCUCCUGGAGCUCCGCCCACAAACAUGGAUGGCAUUGGGUUCUUGGUUCGUGGUCCAUUGCCCUUCAAUCUGAUCUGUCACAGCAGAGAGACCACACACUAAAUCACCAAUGUGUUCAGGCUUUACAGCUGAACAUUCGACACCAGACCUGACCUGGAGGACUUCAUCUGCUCUAAUACAUGUAAUAUGAAUCACUCUGAGACUAUCAAGUUCUUGCUUUGCACUAGGACCAACCUGGGGUAAAUGUGCAAUACAUGAUUUCCACUAAAGUAAUGAGCACAGUAGUUAGAUUUUAUCAGGUAUUUCUAACAGAGGAGUUAUAUUUUGAAAUGUAUGUAAAGGCUAUUUUUGUAAUACUUAGACUGGGUCUAAAAGUUGGAAAUCACAUAGAAAAUCUGGGAUUUUUUAAAAAUAUUAAAACCUGGAAAUACACAGAAUGUUUUUGAAUAAAAAAAAUUGAAACAAAGAAAAUCUCUGACAAACUUUUUAUGCACUAUUUCUAGGUCAGCAUUCAAAUUUAAAGCUGAGUUGCAAUGUAAAGCUUAAAAUAAACAAAUAAGAGUCAGCGGUGUCAGGUUGAAAGUUAUUCUGACCACAUUGUGAGUUUAUGUAUUAGUGUCACAUACGAAAUCAACGUUAUGCUAAUGAUGGUCCAAUGACAAUAGUAGAUAAUUCACUCACAUCCUCAGAAGAUGCGUCCUUCAUCAUAUUUUGACUUAGUUGUCUUUGAAUUUGUCCUCAACAUACUUUCAAUCAUCAAAGUCAUCCAUUCAGGGAAGUGGGCAGAAGCAGAACCCACAUUACAAAAUGUUCUUCCACACAUUGUGUGCAAUUACACAUUUCCACCAGAGAGGUCUCCAAAUCCCAAGAUCUUAAAUACUGCAACAUAUUUGUGGCACUGACCAUGUUAAGAACUUGUACAUUAAAGUCAGAUUUGUGUUUUUGAGUCUUGUUUGUACACUUAAAGCCAGUGUUCAUAGGACUCUCAGGGUUGGAUUUACUCCUCAGAGACUUUUACACAAAGUUGUGGAUUCAUGUCAUUAAAGCAAAAUGGGGACAUGUUGUCCCAAAUACAAAGAAAUCCUGAAAUUCAGUUCAGUAGUUAAAUGAUUCUGCUUUUCAU